CUUUAUGGGAGUCGUGUUUUGUCACUGUGCAGGUGGUCACACUCUUGGAGUAGCAAGGUGCUCAUCUUUCAAGAACCGCCUCAGCCAAUUCGACCCCACCCACCAACAGGACCCGAGUUUGGACCCCAGCUUCGCCAAAUUCCUCUCACAGAAAUGCCUGGCGGGUGACAAUACGGCGGUGGCCUUUGAUGCCUCUCCCAACAUUUUCGACAAUAAUUACUUCAACACCAUUCAAAGAGGAGCUGGGCUUCUGUUCUCCGACCAGGCCCUCUUUAACAGCCCAAUGAUCCGAGGCCUGGUCAAUCUGUACAGCAUGGACCGGGCCUUAUUUUCAUUUGAUUUCCAACAAGCUCUUGUCAAGAUGGGCUUGCUUGAUGUCAAAGAGGAUGAUGAGGGAGAGAUUAGGCUGAACUGCCAUAGGAUUAAUUAA